CCAUAGAAGUGGUCAAAAGUACCGGAGGUCUUCCUCUUGCUCUUGAGGCCAUAGGUAAACUACUUCCAUGAUGUUUGGGAUGUGAUAUUGAGGAAGUUGAAACAUGUUCCUCUCAAUGAAGUAAAAAGAAAGUUGAGAAUAAGUUACGAUGCAUUGGAUGAUAGGCAAAAGCAUAUCUUUCUUGAUAUUGCUUGCCUUUUCACUGGAUUUGAUCCAAGGAUAGUGCUUCGCUCGUGGAAAUAUUCCAAUCUUUUCCCGGAGGAAGGUCUCGAGGUCCUUCAGAAAAUGUCCUUGAUAAAGAUCGGCGAAGACAAUAAGUUAUGGAUGCACGAUCAGCUAAGAGACCUUGAUAGAGACAUUGUACGUCGAGAAUGUAAUGAUGAACGAGAAAAACAGACUCAGAUGUGGAACCAUGAGGAAGGUUUGGAAAUGGUGAUGGAAACGGAGGGAAUAAAAAAAUUUGAAGCUCUUUGGCGAAAGUUUGACCCUCAGUUGUUGCACCAAUUUGCAAACGAAGAAGUUGAGAGGCCGUCUAGUCUAAGAUACCCUGAAGAGAGGGUUUUCCAGGAACAUUGGCCUUCAAAUGAUUUCCCAGCCAAUCUACAAAACAAUAUGGUUAUGUUUUCCAAGUUGAGAUGGCUUUCAUGGCAUCAUUUUCCCCUGGAAGUUAAGAUCACCAGAUUUCCCAUGAUGAACAUAGUCAUUCUGCAUUUGGGGGACUGCCCUAAUCUAAUCGAUGUUCAAAGCAUUGAAGGCUUGGCGAGUCUCAGAACUUUGAAGCUCAUAGAAAUUCCGCUAUUGGAGAGGUUACCUGAUCUAUCAAACUUGAAGAAGCUCAAUGAAUUGCAUUUGGGGCACUGCCAUAAUCUAAUCGACAUCAAAAGCAUUGACGAUUUGGGGAAUCUCGGAACUUUGAAGCUCAUAGAAAUUCCACAACUGAAGAGAUUACCUGAUCUGUCAAACUUGAAGAAGCUCAUUAAACUUCACUUGCGGUACAGUCAUGAUCUAACUGAAAUAAAAAGUUUUGAGGGUUUGGAGAAUUUGAUGAUGUUAACAUUGGGUGAACUUCCUCUACUUGGGAGAUUGCCCAAUUUAUCAAGCUUGAAGAAGCUUACACAACUUGAUGUACGAUGAUGUCGUAAUCUUGUAAAGAUUCAAGGAAGAUUGGAGUCAUUGGAGUACUUGUGUAUACAAGGAUGCAGAUCUUUAGAUGA